CUGCGUCUCUGUCCUCUUCCGCACCUCGUCUCAGCGCUAUGUCCUCGGACACCCCGCUUCUCGCGGGACCCUGAACCAUUCCUUGCACUUAAGGAGACCCAAAGGGAGCACGGAGGGUCGUGAUAUUUAAUAUCUAGUUCUCCUGUUUUGAUUUAUUUACUUCUUUUUUUUUAUUUUAUUUUUUUUUAUAGCGGAUUCAUCCCUGCGGCACUUAUGACAAGACGGUGCGCGGAGCUCGCGGCGAACUGACAGCGCGCGCCGACUCAUGCUUUCCUAUUGCAAGCCGCUAUAAUAUAAAGGCGCACUGCGACGCAGACUUCACCCCCCUCCCUCUCCCCUCUCCCUGGCGGCUCUUUACUUGCGGACUUACUCAUAAGCCUCCUUGCAUGGAUGUAGGCUACCAUGGCUACGUUUGUGUGCAGGGUGCAGUUUCUAGACGACACCGAUCCGUUCAACAGCACCAAUUUCCCGGAGCCUACUCGACCACCGCUCUUCACCUUCAGAGAGGACAUACCGCUCAUCAACCAGCUCGCCGGAGUGCACAGACUCCUCAAAGCGCCGCAAAAGCUCGAUGACUGUGCUCUGCAGCUAUCUCAUAAUGGAAGCUACCUGGAUCUGGAUUCUACUCUGGCAGAGCAGAAAGAUGAGCUGGAGGGCUUCCAGGAGGACGGAGGGCGAGGCAAAAAGCACAGUAUAAUCCUACGAACACAACUCUCAGUAAGGGUCCAUGCCUGCAUCGAGAAACUCUACAACUCAACAGGAAGGGAGCUAAGAAGAGCCCUGUUCUCUCUCAAGCAGAUUUUUCAGGAUGAUAAGGACCUGGUGCAUGAGUUUGUGGUUGCUGAGGGACUCAUCUGUCUCAUUAAAGUGGGGGCAGAGGCUGACCAGAACUACCAGAACUACAUCCUCAGAGCUCUUGGGCAGAUCAUGCUCUAUGUGGAUGGGAUGAAUGGCCUGAUUGGACACAAUGAAACAGUUCAGUGGCUCUACACACUGGUCGGAUCAAAGUUCCGUCUGGUGGUUAAGACUGCUCUGAAGCUCCUGCUAGUGUUUGUGGAAUACACAGAAGCCAAUGCUGCACUACUCAUCCAAGCUGUCAACGCUGUGGACACUAAACAAGGUUGUAAGCCAUGGUCUAAUGCCAUGGAAAUCUUGGAUGAGAAAGAUGGUGUGGACACUGAGUUGCUGGUCUAUGCCAUGACCCUCAUCAAUAAGACACUUGCAGGCCUUCCAGACCAGGACUCAUUCUAUGAUGUGGUGGACUUUCUGGAGGAGCAGGGCAUCGAAGCCAUUGUCCAGAGGCACCUCAGCAGAAAGGGCACUGACCUAGACCUGCUGGAACAAUUCAACAUAUAUGAGAUGACUCUUCGUCAUGAGGAUGGUGACGAUGAGUCGUCGCCUCCUCCGGUUGGCCGAAAGGACCGCCGUCGUGCAAGUGUAGGAGGCACACUCGAAAGACGGGGCCUAGAACGCAGACGCAGCCGGAGACAUUCUCUGCAGAAUGGGAAAGGACACGCAUCUGCACCCGCCUCCCCUUGUCACAGCCACAACCCCAAUUUCCUACCUUUUAAUGGCCAACGGAUUGAGGAUGUCACUGAGAGAGAGGAGGUGGAGGAGGAGGAGGUAGAUGAGGAACCACAGAAAGCAGAACUCUCUGUUCAGGGAUCUGCCAGCUGGAUGGCGCCAACUGUAGCGAAAGAGGAGGCUUCUAGCUUGUGUUUGCCCUUUAAAUGCAUGGUCAACCUCAUCCCCAGCACUGCUGAUUCAGAGGCACGGCAGAGUGCCAGGGGCUGUUCUGGGACCAAGGUCAUCCUUAAACCGCCAGUGUCCUCACCUCCUGUAACUCCAGAUUGUGGCCCCUGUGGUCUGUCUUCUUGGGCAUCCGUCAGGUCUCUGGGGGCUGUGCCCUCCCGGGGUUCAUCCGUCACCUCCUCUGCCUCCACAUCACCCAGUGAGGAACAUCAAAUUCCCCUUCCUCUCCCCUCGUCCCCCCUUCUCUCCACUUGCCCGUCAGACUCGGAGGAGGUGCCUUUGGGGACCCCGCAAGGCCAGAGGGGCCGAGACGCAGAAAAGCGCUCCAGUCUUUCGGAUAUUAGAUACUUACACACACCCUGUUCAACAUUUGCUUCCAGAGCCACUUCUAGUGUUGGCAGACAAAAUGGCUAUGCUGGCACAUAUCCUGGCAGGUCAUUAAGUGCAUCCAGUGCCCCUUCUACCCCCUUCAACCGCUUCGUCUCUACAGGAGGGUCACCUACCGACAGCAAACCUGACAGGCUGGCUCUGGGAGGUUUACUGGCCUCAUCAUACAGGCAGCACCAGGAGUCUCUGUCUGCAGAGCGGGAGCGGAGGCGCCUUGAGAGAGAAGAGAGGUUGCACAGGAUCGAACGGGAGGAGAGAACUCGUUUCAGUCGUGACUAUGUGCAGAGGAGAGAAGAGGCCAUACAUGCUCGUGAAGAGAGGUAUAAACAAGUGGAGCGUCUGGCAGCGGAGGAGUACGAGAGGGAGCAUGUGGCAUCCUCGCCAAGAGGUCGCACAGAAAUCACACUCAAUCUGAGUCCACGCACCUCCUGCAAUGCACGCUGUCCAAUCCCAUCCUCCACUGAGUCUCAGGAGAAUAAACGUCCUCAUACCCACACUGCACAAGAAGCUGAGCCAGACCCAAGCCAUGUGGAGUCCCCCUCCAUGUCUGGCCGACAGUGGUCCUCAGAGACAGAGGACGAGCAGAGGCCUGUGGAUGAGAAGGACAUAACGGUGUCUGUGCUACAUACAGAGCCAGUCAACUCGGACGAAACAGGGGAAUGGACUUUAAGAAAAGAUGAGCAUGAAAGAGAAGUACAGGAGGUCGAGAAAGGUGAAGAUGUGAAAGUGAAGGCGAAAGAGAGCGAAAAGUUGUGCACAGAGGCAGUGAUGGCAAAUGAGGCAGGGACUGAAUUAGAGACAGAAGUGGAAGAGGAGUGUGAGAAAGAGCAGAUAGGGGAAAGAGACACGGAGGAUAGCACAGCCCUCAGCGAGAAAGAGAGGCAGAAUGAGGAACUGAAUGAGAAGGACAACUGUUCGGCUUCCAGCAUCUCGUCAGCCAGCAGUACUCUGGAGAGAGAAGAGCGAGAAGAGAAGCUCGUGUGCGAUAAUGACUCAGGCCAGUGGGCAGAAUGCAUUAAGGCAGCAGAUAUUAGCGAACAAUGUGGCAAAGUCCUCAAUAACAAGCGCUUCAUGCUGGACAUGCUUUACGCACAAAAUAAGAAGCCUGAUGAGGAGGAGGAGAACGAGAAAGAGAAAGAAGGCCCAGGAGGCCAGGACUCAUCAGUAAACAGCCUCGCCACUCGCAUCUCAACUCUGGAGGCCCGGCAGCAGGCAUGUGAGGACAAUGUGAAGAAAAUGGAAGUGCAGCACCUGGACAACCAAGGCAAUGUGCGAAUAGUGGCCGAAAAAUUCGGUGACUUGGUGAAGGGGCUGGUCUCACCUCACGAGGCUGAGCAUGCUGGGAAGGAGAAGGCACCUUCACCCACACCACCUAAAAAGGAGUCGGAUCACAUCUGGGACCAGCUGAUGGCCACACCUCGAGAACUCCGCAUCAAAGAGAUGGACUUUACUGACCUUUUGGAGGACGAUGAUAUAGACAUUUUGGAUGUUGGAAACAUAAAGUCAGGUGACCACAUGACGCCUCCUCCACCACCCCCAUGUAUACCAAACCUCCCGCCCCCACCUCCCCUUUUCGGUUGCCCACCCCCUCCCCCUGUGCCAUGUGGGAUGUUACCUCCUCCACCACCUUCCAUGGCGUCAAUGGCUCCCUCGCAUAUCGGUUCUCCUCAGCAUAGUCAAGGAGAGCCACCACUCUUUCAGAAGAAGAAGAAGACCAUCAGACUCUUCUGGAACGAAGUGAGACCUACAGACUGGCAAUACAGCAGUGACAAGCGCUGCAAGGAAUCACUGUGGUCCAAAUUGGACCCAGUAAAGUUGGACACAGCCAAGUUGGAACUCCUCUUUGAGACCAAGUCCAAAGAACUUCCUGUUACAAAGAAAACAGCAGCGGAUGGGAAACGGCAGGAGAUUAUUGUUCUUGACUCCAAAAGAAGCAACGCCAUCAAUAUCGGCCUCACAGUUCUUCCACCACCCCGCACCAUCAAAACAGCCAUCCUCAACUUUGACGAGUAUGCUCUGAAUAAAGAGGGUAUUGAGAAAAUCUUGACUAUGAUUCCCACAGAAGAGGAGAAGCAGAAGAUUCAGGAAGCACAGCUGGCAAACCCAGACAUCCCUCUGGGCAGUGCUGAACAGUUCCUUCUCACACUCUCCUCCAUCAGUGAGCUCUCUGCUCGCCUGCACCUCUGGGCUUUCAAGAUGGACUAUGAUGUGUUAGAGAAGGAAGUAGCAGAGCCCUUACAGGACCUGAAGGAGGGCAUGAGUCAGCUGGAGAAGAACAAGACACUGUGCUUUAUUCUGUCCACACUACUCGCUAUCGGCAAUUUCCUUAAUGGAACAAAUGCGAAGGGCUUCGAGCUGAGUUACCUGGAGAAGGUUCCAGAAGUGAAAGACACUGUGCAUAAGCAGUCUCUGCUUCACCACGUCUGCUCCAUCGUAGUGGACAAGUUUCCAGAAAGUUCCGACCUGUACUCAGAGAUCGGUGCAAUUACACGCUCUGCUAAGGUGGACUUUGACCAGCUGCAGGACAAUCUGGCCCAGAUGGAGCGGCGCUGCAAAGCUUCCUGGGACCACCUGAAGGUCAUUGCCAAGCAUGAGAUGAAGCCGGCACUAAAGCAGCGCAUGUCUGACUUCCUGAAGGACUGCGCUGAGAGGAUCAUCAUUCUCACCAUCGUCCAUAGGCGCAUCAUCAACAGGUUCCAUGCCUUUCUGCUGUUCCUGGGCCACCCAGCAUACGCAGUGAAGGAGGUCAGCAUUCACCGCUUCUGUAAGAUCCUUAGCGAGUUUGCGCUGGAGUAUCGCACCACCAGGGAGAGAGUGCUGCAGCAGAAACAGAAGAGAGCUAACCACAGGGAGAGGAACAAGACCCGGGGCAAAAUGAUCACUGACAGUGAGGAUGAAGAAGAUAGUGAGAGCGGUAAGUUUGCAGGCGCUUCAGCAGAUGGUCAGGACGCGCCAUUGCAGGGACUUGACUGCGCUGAGGACGUAGCAGAACACGAGCAGAUGACCGCAGUGCUGCGAAACAGUAUGCAGCUCGGAGACACCACCCCUUCAGUCCUGCCCGGCCUGCGCACCCGCACCAGAGCCAGCCGAGGCCGCAUGGGACUGUGGUCUUCUGCUAGUGAAGACGCGUCUAAUUGCAUGGAAGACACAGCAGAUGAGAUCAUGGAGCGCAUAGUAAAGUCGGCAACUCAGGGCCCCAGCCAGCGCAGUCAACCUCGCGAGCGGAGACGCUCAAGAGCUAACCGCAAGUCAUUAAGAAGAACACUGAAGAAUGGGCUCACGCCAGAGGAGGCACAGGCUCUGGGAUUGGCCAGUGGCUCUGAGAUGCAAGUGUGACUAGAAUAGAUUCUAGCAGCUCAGGGUCUCAACACUCAACACACACCAAAUCUGGAAAAACCUGAUCCUGGACACUGCAACCUAAGCAUGCUGAUUGAAAGACUGAUAUUUCUUAACAGCUAUCACUUUUACUGCAUUUUUUUUUUUUUUUUUUUAAGACAAGCACAGUAUCAGCUGCCGUUGAAACUUCUAGUACCUAAACCUCUAAUACACACACACACACUCUCGUAGCCCUGUUAGUGAAGAACGAGCUCUCUACAGAGACACGCGUACUAGUCUUUCUUACCACUGUGGCCUUGAGAGUGAACCCAAAGAUCAGUGCUGUCAACAAGGCCGAUCUCUUGCACCCUGGUUAUCAAUUAUAAGCUGUUUAGUGAAAUCUUGCCUGCUUUGGGUAGUAGCACAUUCAGCAUUCAUGUCCAAUGGAAACUGCAGAGCACAGAUUUAUACAAAUCACUGACGUAGAUAUCAAGGCGUGAUUCUCUCUGCACUGCUGUGGUAUUAGUGAGGAGGUUUUUUGUGCACGUUUUUUUUUUCCUUUUUCAUUUGAUACAGAUUUUAAAUUGAGCCUGAGAUUAAAACAUGAUCAGUAAUAUGCAACAACAUUUUUGAGAUACACAAUGCUGACCUGCAGCACCUUCUGCCAUUUGUACUGUAAUCCAUCUGCUAAAUGCAUUCAACAAGAAUAGGCAUAUAUCUGUUUCCAGACACAAAUCAACACUAGUCUUAGCCCAAGAAGAACUUCAAUGCUGCCUUGAUGUUAACUGUUAUAAACUCGAUUUUAAUUUGGUAUUGUGCGAUACAUGACAAUUAUACUUGUGGCAUUCGGUCAUGACGUAGUGUCUUUGGAAACAGACAGAGGGACGUGGUCUUUUUAGCACAGCAGCACUCUGGUUUUAGACAUUUUUAUGAGGAACACUUCAGUGUGAUUUGGUUACACAGUUAAUAAUAAUAAUAAUAAUAAUCACGAAAUGUCAAUUCUCUAGUGUGAAACCCAUAACAUUAUUCUGACAAUCCACACAGCUGUACUACACGACCCAGUAGUACCUCCCAGCACCUUACUACGUGUAUCAUGUCAUUUUAAAGCAAUGUCAAGUAUUAACAAGAAGUAUUUGUUUUUGUCUGAUGUCUUCUUCAGAUAAUAGAGUACUGUAAAAAAAAAAACUACAAAAAAAAAAAAAAUGAACUAGAAAUCUAAUGUAGAAACUAAAUGUUCCCUAAGAAGACAAAUGCUGUACAAUUGUGUAAAUCUCUUGUUUUUAUUUUUGCAUCUGUUGCAUUUGUAUAGAAUAGUGUAUUAUAGGUCAGAAGCAGUGUUAUUCUGUGAUGAUUAUAAUUUAAGAAAAAUAAGCAAGCCAUGCAUUGUUUAAAACUAAGAAAGCGGGCGAGUUGAGUCAAAGGGAGUUUCUGUCAUGUCAGUUUGAUGCUCAGCGAUGUUUGCUUUUGUCAUGUGUAAAAAAAAAUGUUUGUUUGUUUUUUCUCUUCCUUUUUUUGCACAAACUUGAAACAUGUUUGGUCCUUGUAACCCACCCACCUUCCACACCUGCUCAAAAGCCUUUCGAGAUCAUUGCACUUAAAUACAUAGAAUUGAGUCAUGUCCAACAUUUUGCUGCAAGUGCCAUAAAUAGUGGGUAUUGAAUAAGAGUACCAAGAAUGUGAAUUUAUCUUGUUAAUACUCACAGCGAAAAAAAGUAUAUACUGUAUACAAAUCUUGCAAUUAAAAAAAAGCUUUUAUGAAGCAUCCUGAGAAA